AGGAGGGGGCAUCUCUUCACCAGUUCUCCCUCGUGAGGAGCGCCGCUCUCGCUCCCUUUGAGAUGCUAAUGCGCAGAGGAGCGCGCAGCGCGCUUUGAAGGGAUCGGGAGAGCGGCUCUCCGGACUGGCGACGGCUGCGCGAAGAGACGAGGGCUAGGAUCGCGAGGAGGAGAUCACGACCGCGAAGAGGAAUAAGACCGUGAGGAGGAGGAGGAGGAGAAGGGGGAUCGACGAGGAGAGAGGAGGAGGGAGCCCGGGCAGUGCGGAUUCGCGCAUCGCUGCCGGGAUCCGAGCGAGGCGAGUGGAGGCGGCUUCGCGCGCGAUGCCGGCGAUGCUGCGGCUGAUGGUGAUGAUGUAGAUGACGACGACGACGGCGAUGAUGAUGAUGGCGACGACGUUCCAGGGCGAUGAUCAUGCGCCGCGAGUGAGCGAGCCGGAGAGAGCGGCCCGUGACGUCACGCGGGCGCGGUAACGCGCGGCGCUGUUCGCCGAAGGCUCCAAUCUGACGCGACGCGGCGGGCGGGGAGCCGGGACCAGCGCUGAGCGCCUCCCGCACUCGGCGACCUCCCUGCUCCCUCCCAGCGCGCCUCCGCGGGCAGCAGCAGCGGCAGCAGCAGCAGCAGCCGCCGCCGCUGCUCCGUAGCUCAGCUCGCCACCGCCGUCGCCUUCCUGCCGGGGUGAGGGAGAAGGAGAGAGGGAGGGAAGGGAGAAGCAUUCACCGAGCAAAGAUGCGCGGCGCGGAGGCGCGGAGGGAGGCGCCGCGCCGCAGGGAGUCUCGGGAUCCCACGGGGUCUCCUCCUCCUCGGCUGCCUCCACCUCGGCUGCCACCACCACGGCCGCCGCUGCUGCUGCUGCCUCCGCUGCUGCAGCUGCUGCUGCUGCUGUUGGGGCUGCUCGCGGCCGCCCCCGCCGCCGGGCAGUCCACGUACCCGACCAUCACCACCAACUUCGGCAAGCUGCGCGGCGUCCGCAUCGUGCUCAACAACGAGAUCCUGGGCCCCGUGGAUCAGUUCCUGGGGGUGCCCUACGCGGCGCCCCCCGUCGCCGAGCGGCGCUUCCAGCCCCCCGAGCCCCCCGCGGCGUGGCAGGGGGUGCGCAACGCGACGCACUUCGCGCCCGUGUGCCCGCAGACGAUCCGCGGGGUGCUCCCCGAGGUGAUGCUGCCCGUGUGGUUCACGGCCAACAUGGACGUGGUGGCGCCGUACAUGCACGAAAUGAACGAGGACUGCCUCUACCUCAACAUCUACGUGCCCACGGAGGACGGAGCCAACGCAAAGAGAGCAGCAGAUGAUUUAACAGCUAAUGAUGGCGGGCAAGAUGCAGACAUACGCGACAGUGGGCCCAAGGCGGUCAUGGUGUACGUUCACGGUGGCUCCUACAUGGAGGGCACGGGCAAUCUGCUGGAUGGCAGCAUCCUGGCGAGCUACGGCAAUGUCAUAGUGGUCACGCUCAACUACAGACUGGGCGUCCUAGGGUUCCUAAGCACAGGUGAUCAGGCAGCUAAAGGAAAUUACGGUCUCCUGGAUCAAAUCCAGGCCCUGCGUUGGAUCAGUGAGAAUAUAGGCAUCUUCGGGGGUGACCCGCUCAGAAUCACUGUGUUUGGGUCGGGCGCUGGUGCGUCUUGUGUCAACCUACUGACACUAUCGCACCACUCUGAAGGUAACCGUUGGAGCAAUUCAACCAAAGGACUCUUCCAGCGAGCGGUGACCCAGAGCGGCACGGCGCUCUCGUCCUGGGCCUUCAACUACCAACCCAUCAAGUACACGCGCAUGCUGGCCGAGAAGGUCACGUGCAACCGGCUGGACACGCACGACCUGGUGGAGUGCCUCCGCUCGCGCUCCUUCCACGAGCUGGUGGCGCAGGAGAUCACGCCCGUGCGCUACCACGUGGCUUUCGGGCCCGUCAUUGAUGGCGACGUCAUCCCCGACGACCCGCAGAUCCUCAUGGAGCAGGGCGAGUUCCUCAACUAUGACGUGAUGCUCGGCAUCAACCAGGGCGAGGGCUUCAAGUUCGUGGAGGACAUCGUGGACGGCGAGGACGGCGUCGCGGCCAAUGACUUCGACUACGUGGUCUCCAACUUCGUGGACAACCUCUACGGCUAUCCAGAGGGCAAGGACGAGCUGCGCGCCACCAUCAAGUUCAUGUACACCGACUGGGCGGACCGCGACAACGCGGAGACGCGCCGCAAGACGCUGGUGGCCCUCUUCACCGACCACCAGUGGGUCGCGCCCGCCGUCGCCACGGCCGACCUGCACGCGCAGUACGGCUCGCCCACCUACUUCUACGCCUUCUACCACCACUGCCAGAGCGAGAUGAAGCCCGCGUGGGCGGACGCGGCGCACGGCGACGAGAUCCCAUACGUGUUCGGCGUGCCCAUGGUGGGCCCCACGGAGCUUUUCCCGUGCAACUUCUCCAAGAACGACGUGAUGCUGAGCGCCGUCGUCAUGACCUACUGGACCAACUUCGCAAAGACUGGGGACCCCAAUCAGCCAGUGCCGCAGGACACCAAGUUCAUCCACACGAAGCCGAACCGCUUCGAGGAAGUGGCCUGGUCCAAGUACAACCCCCGUGACCAGCACUACCUGCACAUCGGCCUCAAGCCGCGCAUGCGCGAGCACUACCGCGCCACCAAGGUGGCCUUCUGGCUCGAACUGGUGCCGCACCUGCACAACCUGCACGACGUGUUCCAGUACACGAGCACUACCACCAAGGCGCCGCCCUACGACGCCACGGCGCCGUCGGCAGCGGCGGGCCCUCCACGGAGGUCCCCCGGCAACAAGGGCUGGGCGGCGACCAAGCGGCCGUUCUCGGCCUCUGACCCGUUGGGGGGGCGGCCCCCCAAGGGCGAAUGGCAGAAUCCGAGGACGCCGGAAGACUCGGACGCGCUCGUGGAGGAGCAGCGGGACUACUCGACGGAGCUGAGCGUCACCAUCGCCGUGGGCGCCUCGCUGCUCUUCCUCAACGUGCUGGCCUUCGCCGCGCUCUACUACCGCAAGGACAAGAGCCGGCACGGCGCCUACCGCCGGCAGAGCCCCGAGCGCAGCGUGGGCACGGCGGGCAACACGGGCGAGGUGGCGCACACCCAGGAGGAGGAGAUCAUGUCGCUGCAGAUGAAGCGUGCCGAGCAGGGCCACGAGUGCGAGUUCGCCUUCGGUCACGACGGCCUGCGGGGCUCCGUGGGCGCGCCCUGCCCCCCGGACUACGCGCUCGCCAUGCGGCGCUCCCCCGACGACGUCCCGCUCAUGACGCCCAACACCAUCACCAUGAUCCCCGGCUCCAUAGCCAUGCCCAACAUGCAGCCCAUGCACACCUUCAACAGCUUCGCGGGGCUCAACAGCGGCACGCUACCGCACUCACACUCCACCACGCGCGUGUAGCCCCAGCCUCCGCGGGCACUGCUCGCCCACCUGUGCCCCCCCCGCCCCCUCCCCACUCCCCCGGGAAGCGUGAGUUCGUUCGAAGGUCCGCCGGCAAACCCCCCCAGCAAAGUAGAUUUUAUACUCGUGUCUGGUUUGCGCCGGCCGGCGGGUGCCGGGCAAAAUGUGAGGACAGGCCGCGGACUGCACGGCGCGCGGUAUUCAUGGCGCUCUACCAAUCGGCCGUCGGCUGGCUCCACUUGAGGCCCUGCUCACGAUACCUGGACACGAUGUGGAUCAAGUUCGGUUCUUUAUAUGUGCGCGCGUGCGUGUGUGCGCACACGCAUUUAGUUUGUAUUCACUCUUCCCGAAACGAGAAAGAGGCUUAUGAUGAAACUGUACCUUAAACACCAAACAGAGUGUGGUAAGAAGGCGGUGAAGAGGUGGUGAGGAGGAGGUACACGCUGCAAAUCAGACUUCUCAGUGGCUGCUGACCAGGGUGAUGAACUGUAGCGCACGGUCGUCCAUCCAGGCAUGUGAAGACCAGGUCACCCCACUUGCUCGCUCGCUCUAACAGAAGCGCAGCCACGAAGUGAAGAUCGCUCCGGACGACGACCGUGGUGACAAAAGCACAGAAGCGAACCCCGACGCACGCUUCACACAAACCCUACAAUCGGUGGCCUCUGGCGCGCGCACCGCGAGUGGCGGUGCCACGAGGUCGUGACCAGCGCUCGCGCAUCGGGCACGACAGCCACUUGCCCACGUGGGCCCUGCGUGGGCUCCGCGUGGGCCUUGCUGGUCCCCGCGCUCCCGGAGGGUUUUUCUCUGCUCGCUCAUGUGUACCGCGCUAUAUAAACCGACGGUUAUGUUCUGGCGCACUUUGAGGAUUUUUACGAGGACGCACGGACCCGCUGUACAGACGUGGCACCGCUGCCACCGGCCGGUUUUGUACCGCGGAGCAAGGGAGGGGGGGCACCGCUCGAAGCUCCGCACGGCUCCUGCCACCUCUCGCGUGUCGCUUUGAGGAGAGCGCAGGCGCGCAACGGUCCUCACAUCCCCCCGUCUGGUCGGGACACGUAGCCGCGGUGGCCGCUCAGCGACGCUGAGGCUCGAGGACGCGCACGCGACGCCACGGCCUCACUCUGCCGACCUCCCGGACGAGCCUCCGCGGGGCGACGUGAGGCAAUGCGGGGCGACGCAGAGCACCGCACGUUCAGCCGCCAGCCAUUCUCGACCCAUCACCCACCUUCCGUCCCCCGUCACACCGCUUCUGCUCUCGCUAUGCCGACGUUGCAGUCGGUGCACUGUGUGUGCAUUUUCUAGUGACGCAUUGUGGGAAACCAGUGUACAGUCCAAGGGAAAGAUAAUCAAAUAUUACGGGCACUUUUUAACGCUUGAUUAUAACUUUUCAUUGAUUGAACUUGUCUUUUUGAGGGCUGUCAGUUCUGUCUACAAAAAACAGCUGAUGCCCCUUAGUUCCAUCUCCCCAUAUCCAAUUAAUCCCAUCUCCCAUUCUCAAUAUUUCCAUGCAAUUCCAUCCUUUCAUCUGCAUGAAUAUCUCUCUCUGUUGCCUCUACCCACGUCUCCAUUUUCCCCUCUAUAUUUCUUUCCCCUUCUCCCCAAUCCCCUUGCCUGCUCAUCACACCAUCUCCCGUUCCUUGCCUCUUCGUCUUCCCAUCUCUCGUGCUGUCGUUUCCCUGCCACCCACUCCACUCAUCGGGGCCGCUACCGCCCCAACUCUGAGCCUCGGCCCCUUGCAGUCAGAACCCAAACCACAGAAGGGGAGACGGGGGGCCUCCAUUCCCCGUGGGCCCGGCCAGUGCUCUCCGUGCUCCCGCGGUGUCCCUGGGAGUCUGGGAGACCCCUCACCACCCUGCCCAUCGCAACCACAACGCUCCUCACUCCCACACAAGCACGGUGCAGUGAUUCCACAUUGCAGCUCGCGUCAGGCCACCGCGGCCACAUGCACUGGGGCCCACACACGCCACCCUGCUCCUUGUGCAAUCGACUGCCAAAAGAACUGGCGCUGUUGUUCCCGGCAUUCGGAAGAGCGGGGGGUGGGGGGGGCUCAGCUGCGUAUUUCCGGUCGGGGUUUAAAUUAGAGAUGAGGAUUUUGAGGAAGCGAGGUCACGGGGCGGUCUACCGCCCCCGCCGGAGCGCGAAUCGUUUAGCGCAUACGCCACACAUUAGCGGUGCAAUUUUGUAGUUAAACUAUUAUCGCGAUCAGCCUCUUGUGAGAACCGUAGCCACAAUGAGGCUCGUCACCACAAGACUAUCAUUGUCCUCCCACGCACGGCGGAUCAAAACGCCGUUGUCAGUUUUCAGCAUUUCCAGCGACGUGUGUCUCACGUUUCGCUCGGUGAACAAAAACGGGAAUGCAUUGAUUUUUGCCCCCGGCCCGUGGCGCUGACAAACGGCCUGGCAAGGAGUGGCAGAGGUCCUGGAGUGGCGCACAAAAAACCCGACGAGCCACGCUCGUGAAGGAAAGGGCUGGGGGAGUGGUGAGGCAAGCGGAGGGGCAGCGGGGAACACGGAAAGCAGCGGUGGGGCCCCGAGGCGUGGUGGGGGCCGGGCAGUUGUGGAGGGACUCCAGGGGGCAGAGGGCAGAGGGCGUCGUGGCCGAGAAAGCGAUGGCUCUCCCCGUGGAGACUUGGUGACGCCUCGCACGCAGCUUAGGGCCGCUUCCCUGCAGAAUCCAACACAAACCCGACACCGCACAGAGCCCACGGUCGGGUUAUUUAUUUAUUAUAUUUAAGGAGUGCUUAUCGAAGCACUGAUCCCUUUGACGGCCACGCCUAUGCGGGUCGUGACGACCAGGAGCUAGAGAGCGGAGCGGGGGGGGGGGGGCGUGAGACGCCACGCUGGGCCGCACACACCGCUGAGGCAAAUUGAUCGUUGCCACAUCUGCGCCGCGGUAAUUUGGCAAACGGAAAGGCCAAUCGCAUAGAAGCGCCGCGUCGUAAAUUAUCACACGCGGUCCGUGGAGUGGCACCCCUCGGGUUAAAUGAUAAGCUUAGUUUAUCGCGAAGUCAACAGGGUUCAAACUCGACCGUUUCUUCAAACGGCGAUUGGCGCCUCGGCUCUUGUUUGACGUCGUUGAGCUGCCGCACGAUGUUUGUCCUCCCCACCCCCCACGCCAACGAAGCCGUGGCCUCCUUGCACGUCCGGGUUCGAGGGCAGUACCGAGCUUGGGCCGGACGUGAGCCUCCUCGCCGCUCCCGGGCGCCCCUAGCCCACACGAGGGCGACGCUGGUGCCGUGAGCACCUGAAAUUAAACGUGGGCAGCAACCAAAAAAAGGCCACACGUUGCAGUCGGGAGGAGAGGUGAGCAGGUUUUGGGGUGCAGCUCAACAGCCAAUCACUGGUCCUACCGCUUACCCCUAUCUCACGAGCCAAGCAGCCACGGGUACCAGCCCCCACCCAAUUACCAUAACCUUGCCCUUAACCAAACCUGUGUUGUUUUUUGCCAGCGCCUCAUUUCAUUUAUUGUUGGCCUCCCUGUUUAAAAAAAAAUCCCACCAGAUGGCUCAGCGGUAGAGCGAGCGGCUCGCGAUGAGAAAGUUGCGAGUUCAAAUCCUGGUUUGGGGGGGUGGGGUAACGCCCAUCAUCUCUCCCAUCGGGGACUAUAAAAUUAGUACCAUUUCUGUGGGGAAGUCGAAAACGGUUGUGUUAUUGAAGGUCUCGACCCCACCACAGGAAUGUGGAAUUUCCACCACUUGCCCCUUACAGGGCUGUAAACGGGAGAUGAGCACCAUCCCGGUGCUCCGUUGAGCAGCAGGAAACCACGUUGUGCUUGACGUGUCAGCCUCUUGGUGCUCACAGCACCGCCACCGCCACUCUCCCCGCUGCUGAGCCAGAGGUGGAGGAGGCGCUGGGGUUGUGCUGCCACUCACUGGGGGAGCAGAAGCACUGUUGUGUUGGAAUGAAAUGUUUUAUGCUGAACUUUUUUUCUCCCAAUAUAUUGUAAACGAUAACAGGAAAUGCAUAUUUGUCAUAUAUGUGUUAUCAUAGGCGUUUAGAUUUUGAAUAGUUCAGUAAACCAUUGUUAAGUUAGA